UGGUGUCCUGAAACCGCAGAGCUUUUCGGGGGAAGGCCUCGGAGAAGGACGAGGAGGAGCGAGCCCUGGGGUACGGCUUGAGGCGGGAGCUGUUGACCCUUGGGAAAACUUGGAAACUGUUUUGCUUCGGCAGUGUACGGGAAUAAUACACUUUCAUCUGCUGACAAAGUGCGUUUGCAUGAAGACGGAUCGGGGUGUGAGAGUAAAGCUGCCAGGCACACUCUCCUCCCAGAGCCUUUAUCUCCUGUGAUGCUAAAAGCAUCUCUUCAGUCACUAGCUGGGACGGCGAAAGUAGAGGAAUAGGUUGCAAGGCCAGAGCUUCGAGAAAUUUUUUUUCUGAGGAAGAUGCAGAUUUUUGUAUAGUUAGCGGCACGCUGCCGCCUGUGUGGUGCAGACAGCCGUAGUAGCAGUCAGGGCUGCCAGUCCAAGGAGCUGACUCUGCCUGUCAAGCUCUGAUCUCGUCGUCCCGUCUGCACUGGUGCUGCUCUUGCUGCUGGACUCAGUCCUCGCUGGGACGGUCUGGUCUGAGCGACAAGAGGCAAACAUGGCUCAAGCAUCCAGUGAUCCAAGUAAUGUGGAAACUGCUGACCCAGAGGAGAGUUCUCCGAAUAUGAUAGUGUACAGAAAGAUUGAAGACAUCGUUACGAGAAUGCAGGAUGACAAAACAGGUGGAGUUCCCAUCCGCACUGUCAAGAGCUUUCUGUCCAAAAUCCCCAGCGUCGUCACCGGUGCUGAUAUUGUGCAGUGGCUUAUGAAGAACCUCAGCAUUGAGGAUCCAGGGGAAGCAAUACACUUGGGAAGUCUUAUUGCUGCACAGGGCUAUGUCUUUCCAAUCUCAGACCAUGUCCUUACCCUGAAAGAUGAUGGGACGUUCUAUCGUUUUCAGUCACCCUACUUUUGGCCUUCAAACUGCUGGGAACCAGAGAACACAGAUUAUGCCAUCUAUCUUUGCAAACGGACCAUGCAGAACAAAGCUAGGCUGGAGCUGGCGGAUUAUGAAGCCGAAAACUUAGCAAGACUUCAGAGAGCAUUUGCAAGAAAGUGGGAAUUCAUCUUCAUGCAAGCUGAGGCCCAAGUGAAAAUCGACAGAAAAAAGGAUAAAACAGAAAGAAAGAUUUUGGACAGCCAGGAAAGAGCAUUUUGGGAUGUGCACAGGCCUGUGCCAGGCUGUGUGAACACCACAGAAAUGGACAUUAGAAAGUGUCGUCGCAUGAAGAACCCACAGAAGGUGAAAAAGUCAGUGUACGGGGUUACAGAGGAGUCUCAGCCCCAGAGUCCUGUACAUGUGCCCUCCCAACCUGUACGCAAAACUACAAAAGAGGAUUUCCGGAAACAAAUAGCUUUUCUGAACAUGCAGAUAGAGAGACAUUGUUUAAAGAUGUCAAAAGUAGCAGAAAGUUUAAUAACUUACACAGAGCAAUAUAUGGAAUAUGACCCCUUUAUAACUCCUGCUGAGCCUUCCAAUCCCUGGAUAAGUGAUGAUGCAGCAUUAUGGGACAUUGAAAUGAGCAAAGAACCUAGUCAGCAGCGUGUGAAAAGAUGGGGUUUCUCCAUGGAUGAGGUGCUGAAGGACCCAGUAGGACGAGACCAGUUCCUUCGUUUCCUGGAAUCAGAAUUCAGCUCAGAAAACCUCAGGUUUUGGUUGGCUGUCCAAGAUCUCAAGAAACAACCCCUACAGGAUGUAACCACCAGAGUGGAGGAAAUCUGGCAAGAGUUUCUAGCUCCUGGGGCCCAAAGUGCUAUCAACCUGGAUUCCCACAGCUAUGAGAAAACAAGCCAAAAUGUCAAAGACCCAGGGAGAUAUACAUAUGAAGAUGCACAGGAGCACAUUUACAAGCUGAUGAAGAGUGACAGCUACGCGCGCUUCCUCCGCUCGAAUGCUUACCAGGACUUACUGCUGGCAAAGAAGAAGCCAGAGAAUGAGCAAGGUCGUAGAACUUCUCUAGAAAAGUUCACUCGCAGCGUGGGAAAGUCUCUGGCGAGCAAGCGCCUCACAGGCCUGAUGCAGUCCUCCUGACAGCUUCAGCCGGCCACCCCGCAGGAGAAACACCCAGGACCGCCACCGGGGAUGGGGCGUUUUGGGGAGAGCGGGUCCGCACAGGGGAAAGAGCCUGAGCCAGCGAAAGGGGAGCACCUCUCGUCACAGUUUACAUCAGCACUUUCCUACCUGUACAGCAUUGUAAAGACACCGAGCUCUGUGCAGGUAAUUUGUUUCCAGCUGCGGUUUGGAUGAGCACUCUUCACUGUGCACAGAAGGUCGACAAGGCAAGGGCUUCCUGUCUUGUUAUUCAAGGAAACAAACCCAACCACGAUUUGGAGAAAGAAGAGCUGAGAGAGAUCAAUAUUCCUUCAUCUCUUCUCUCCCUGGCACAAAAUGGCUGUAAUAGAUGGUGUUGCAAUCCCACUUGCUCCCUUUCUUGUGGCCGUCUGGAUCCAAUAAAGUAUCUACUGGAAGCUGCUUCUCCUUUUCACAAAAUCUCAAA